UAUUGAGGUCAAUUCUAUCUUGUCAAGUACCUUAAACCUUAGGAGCUGCUGACCCGCGGGCUCUGGAUCUUCAUAAUUUUCCUGUGAAUGUUAGAAGCAUGAUAUGUUUUAAUAUGUUUUAAUAAGAAGUGGAUACGCUAACAUCAACAAAAAGUACAGAGAAUGGAUAUCGUAAAUCUUGGCACUUUAAAGAAUCGUUUAAUCGUGAUCGGGGGCAGCCUAUUGAUGAUCGUAGUCUUCAAGACUUACGUUGAACUGCGGAAUCACCUGCCUCUUAGCUACUCCGAGCGCAAACCUGUAGAGAACGUGAACAGACUGGUAUACCGAAAUGGCGAAGCCCUUCCCCGGUCAAAGACAUCAAUAAGUAGGUACUACGACCAUAUCCCAGAGCAAGACGAUCUCCGACUAAGCCCAGAGAUCAUAAAGACUGCCGCUGUCAACAGGGAGUUCAAGAUUGACAGUGACGUGGAUGCAUCAUGGAUGAGGAAAGUGUUAGCCGAUGACAGCGUUGGAUCAGCGUUCGGUCCUAACAGGUUGUUGAAGAAGUUCCAGGACGCAGCAGCAGCAGCAGCCAACGUCUCACAAACAGAAUGUGUGAUCAGGGUCUUCCAAAUGUGCAGGGAACUUGAUGAACAUGUUAUACAAGUUUUGACUUUAAAUUGGAAGCGUAUGAAGUGUAAGUUCUCCAACUGUUGGAUUGAAAGCAAGGUUGGAAACGACUUUCAGGACUUCUUAGAAAGUGACGUGGUGGUCUUUCACAUCGAUAACCGUGAUUGGGCACCUUAUGUCCAAAACCGGCCUUCUGGUCAGUUGUGGGUGUUCCAUUCCAAGGAAGCCUCUAUCCAUGGCCCACCUGCCAGUCCACCUAGAGAGUACGGUAAUCCUUUUAACCUCUCGCUAACUUACCUCCUCGAGUCAGAUAUUGCUCCAGGUUAUCACUUCGUGGACCCUGAACUCGCAGAACCGGAUCCGAAGAUUCUCCAAAAGGACAAACUGAUGAUAUGGGUCGCAACUAAUUGCAACAGUACCAGUUGGGCAAGGACAAGGUUUGUUGAAGAACUCCAGAACUACCUGAGCAUCGAUACCUACGGCAGGUGCGGACAGCUAGAAUGUCCUCGCUCGGAGGACGCAUGCUGGGAUAUGCGUGCAGAGUAUAAAUUCACCCUGGCGUUGGAGAACACCCAAUGCCCUGAGUACAUUACCGAAAAGAUCUGGAACAACGCUCUCGCGGUUGGAAGCGUCCCGAUUGUCUUCGGCGCGCCGAAAGCCGACUACGAACGUCUGAUUCCACCGCACUCAUUCAUACAUCUCGACGAUUUCAAGACGGUUCGAGAGUUCGUGGAAUACAUCAAUCUCCUGGAUCGCGACCAGCAGAAAUAUCUCGAGUACUUUUCCUGGAGAAGGUUAGGUGGAAUAGAGAAGGGGGAUAGUCUGUUGACCAGUCGCGCAAAGACAAACAGCCACAGCAUAUGCAUUAUCAUCAAAGGACUGGUCAUGAAAUCGUUGUUUCCAGAAAGAUAUCCCUGGCAGAGUAGCCACCCUGUGUUCCACGACUGGUGGUAUGAGAAAUGCAAUCUCGAAAGCCAGAGAACACGAGUAAUGGACAUCGAUGUCACUAUGUAGGCCUAUAAUGAUAA